GGAGCCGUCAUUUAGUGGCGGGUCCCGGCCGCGGGGCUGGCGGGCUGAAGGGAAGAAAGAUGGCGGCAGCGGCAGCGGGUGGUGCGGCCUCCGGGCUGCCGGGUCCAGUGGCACAAGGAUUGAAGGAGGCGUUGGUGGAUACGCUCACCGGGAUCCUGUCCCCAGUGCAGGAGGUGCGAGCGGCUGCCGAGGAACAGAUUAAGGUGCUCGAGGUGACAGAGGAAUUUGGUGUUCACCUGGCAGAGCUGACUGUAGAUCCCCAGGGAGCAUUGGCAAUCCGUCAGCUGGCAUCAGUCAUUCUGAAGCAAUAUGUGGAGACUCACUGGUGUGCCCAAUCAGAGAAGUUUAGGCCUCCUGAAACUACAGAAAGGGCAAAAAUUGUUAUCCGGGAGCUAUUGCCCAACGGGUUGAGAGAAUCAAUAAGUAAGGUGCGCUCCAGUGUGGCCUAUGCAGUGUCAGCCAUUGCCCACUGGGACUGGCCUGAAGCCUGGCCCCAACUCUUCAACCUGCUCAUGGAGAUGUUGGUGAGCGGAGAUUUAAAUGCAGUCCAUGGAGCCAUGCGAGUGCUGACAGAAUUCACUCGGGAAGUAACGGACACACAGAUGCCACUCGUUGCUCCAGUCAUUCUUCCAGAGAUGUAUAAGAUCUUCACCAUGGCCGAGGUGUAUGGUAUUCGAACCCGUUCCCGAGCUGUGGAGAUUUUUACCACUUGUGCCCAUAUGAUCUGUAACAUGGAGGAACUGGAAAAGGGUGCAGCCAAAGUUCUGAUCUUUCCUGUGGUGCAGCAGUUCACAGAGGCCUUUGUUCAGGCCCUCCAGAUACCAGAUGGCCCCACAUCUGACAGUGGGUUUAAGAUGGAAGUCCUCAAGGCAGUGACAGCCCUGGUGAAAAACUUCCCAAAGCACAUGGUGUCCUCCAUGCAGCAGAUUCUGCCUAUUGUUUGGAAUACCCUAACUGAGAGUGCAGCUUUUUAUGUGAGGACAGAAGUAAAUUACACAGAGGAAGUUGAAGAUCCUGUGGAUUCUGAUGGUGAAGUCCUGGGCUUUGAAAAUCUCGUCUUUAGCAUUUUUGAGUUUGUCCAUGCUCUCCUAGAAAAUAGCAAAUUCAAAAGCACUGUUAAGAAAGCCUUGCCUGAGUUGAUUUACUAUAUAAUCCUGUACAUGCAGAUCACUGAGGAGCAGAUUAAAGUAUGGACAGCCAACCCGCAACAGUUUGUAGAAGAUGAGGAUGAUGACACUUUCUCCUAUACGGUUAGGAUUGCAGCUCAAGACCUGUUGCUGGCUGUGGCCACUGAUUUCCAGAAUGAGAGUGCAGCAGCCCUGGCUGCCGCAGCCACUCGGCAUUUACAAGAAGCUGAGCAAACCAAGAACAGCGGCACCGAACACUGGUGGAAGAUACACGAGGCAUGUAUGCUUGCCCUCGGCUCAGUGAAGUCCAUCAUCACUGACAGUGUGAAGAAUGGCAGGAUCCAUUUUGACAUGCAUGGGUUCCUGACCAAUGUCAUCCUUGCAGACCUCAACCUUUCAGUGUCUCCUUUUCUCUUGGGCCGGGCACUUUGGGCUGCCAGUCGGUUCACUGUUGCUAUGUCCCCUGAAUUGAUCCAGCAGUUUCUACAGGCAACAGUUAGUGGUCUUCAUGAGACACAACCCCCAUCAGUUCGAAUUUCUGCCGUGAGAGCCAUCUGGGGUUAUUGUGACCAACUAAAAGUCUCAGAGAGUACGCACGUGCUUCAGCCCUUCCUCCCCAGUAUCCUGGACGGCUUAAUUCACCUAGCAGCCCAGUUCAGCUCAGAGGUCCUCAACCUGGUGAUGGAGACCCUGUGCAUCGUUUGUACAGUAGACCCAGAGUUCACAGCAAGCAUGGAAAGCAAAAUCUGCCCCUUCACCAUCGCUAUUUUCCUGAAGUACAGUAAUGAUCCUGUCGUCGCCUCGCUGGCCCAGGAUAUCUUCAAGGAGCUGUCCCAGAUUGAAGCCUGUCAGGGCCCAAUGCAGAUGAGGCUGAUUCCCACUCUAGUGAGCAUAAUGCAGGCACCAGCGGACAAGAUCCCCGCAGGGCUGUGUGCGACGGCCAUAGAUAUCCUGACCACAGUAGUACGGAAUACAAAGCCUCCCCUUUCCCAGCUCCUCAUCUGCCAAGCUUUCCCUGCUGUGGCGCAGUGCACCCUUCACACAGAUGACAACGCCACCAUGCAGAAUGGUGGAGAGUGCUUGCGGGCUUAUGUGUCCGUGACACUGGAGCAGGUGGCCCAGUGGCACGACGAGCAGGGCCACAAUGGGCUGUGGUACGUGAUGCAAGUGGUGAGCCAGCUCCUGGACCCCCGUACCUCUGAGUUCACUGCAGCCUUUGUGGGUCGCCUCGUCUCCACCCUCAUCUCCAAGGCAGGGCGGGAGCUGGGGGAGAAUCUGGACCAGAUUCUUCGUGCCAUCCUCAGUAAGAUGCAGCAGGCAGAAACACUCAGUGUCAUGCAGUCUCUGAUCAUGGUGUUCGCUCAUCUGGUGCACACUCAGCUGGAACCCCUCUUGGAGUUCCUGUGCAGCCUCCCAGGACCUACUGGCAAACCUGCCCUGGAGUUUGUAAUGGCUGAAUGGACAAGCCGACAGCAUCUGUUCUAUGGACAAUAUGAGGGCAAAGUCAGCUCUGUGGCACUGUGUAAACUGCUCCAGCAUGGCAUCAAUGCAGAUGACAAACGGCUACAGGAUAUCCGCGUGAAGGGAGAGGAGAUCUACAGCAUGGAUGAGGGCAUCCGCACCCGCUCUAAGUCAGCCAAAAACCCUGAGCGCUGGACGAACAUUCCUUUGCUGGUCAAGAUCCUGAAGCUGAUCAUCAAUGAGCUCUCCAACGUCAUGGAGGCCAACGCCGCGCGCCAGGCCACUCCUGCAGAGUGGGGUCAAGAUGACUCCAAUGAUAUGUGGGAGGACCAGGAGGAGGACGAAGAGGAGGAAGAGGAUGGUUUAGCUGGCCAGCUCUUAUCUGACAUUCUCGCUACAAGUAAAUAUGAGGAGGACUACUACGAGGAUGAUGAGGAAGAUGACCCUGACGCCCUAAAGGACCCUCUCUAUCAGAUUGAUCUGCAGGCAUAUCUCACGGACUUCCUCUGCCAGUUCGCUCAGCAGCCCUGCUACAUAAUGUUCUCAGGCCACCUUAAUGACAACGAGAGGCGGGUUCUGCAGACCAUUGGCAUCUAAGAAACGGAGACUUUCCACAUCUGCUCCUCCUGGCCCAGCCACAAACCAUUUUGCAGCCCUUAACUGGCCUCAAGAUGUACUUUCUUUUCAACCUAGAGUGGCCUCCUGACUCGGCCCUUGACCUUUGCAGAGUGACACUGACAACUCAGACCAAGCUCACCAGUGCUGUCACUUAGGAAUACUGGAACAAAGGACAUUUCUCAAAGACCCCCUGAAGAGACUCCAUCUCUAGAACCUUUUGCUCCCCAUCUGUGCCCUCACUUCUGUUCCUAGAGUCCUCUGCUGGCCACUCCAGAAACAUAUUGCCCAGAAGGAUUAUGUGUUCAUGGAUUAUUUUGCCCCAUCUCAGGAGCACAGGAAGUCAUGACCAUUUAUACUCUAAAACAGACCUGUUUACUUUCGUAGGACAUCUGAUGUGUUCAGAUAGGAAUACCCUUGAGAGAUGAUUCUGCUUUCUGCCCUCCACCACAGAUGCUCUGGGUCCUCCAUAGGAACGAGAGGGAGCAGCUACAUUCUGAGCCCUCUGCAGUGACUUCUCCUUGUCUCCCUCCUACAACACUAAGGCUCCCCUGUCAAAGGAAGUCAUCUUGUUUUUGCCUCAUUGCAUGACACGGCCCCUCCCCCCAAGCUAUCCCUGUGUAUACAUGCACACGGACAAAAUAAGCCAGACAGAUGGCACCUUGGUUUUCCUUUUUUAGAAAAAAAAAAUGGGAACCUUUUUUUACAAGUCCUCCUGACCCAACCAUAUUUAAUAUUCCUCUCCCACACGUCACCACACAGUCUGAUAUUCAAAGGUUACCCCCUCUCCCUCAGGAAUCCUCUAAAGUGGUUAAGUUGUAGCCCUCAAAUUUGCAAUGUGUAUUUUUCUAGGAGAGUAAAGUAAUCUUUACAAAUGAAUUUAGUCCGCAUGGUAUAAGGUGUCCCAGCCUUCUGUUCCUUUUAGAAGGAAAAUAAAAAUAAGGGGAAAAGGAUUAGGUGGAGCCAUGUAGACACCCUAGUGUUUUAGCUCACCUAGCUCGAAAUGAUUCCUAGAGAACUAGUGUCGGCCAAGUAUUUUUAAGGGCAGUCCCUUAAUUUGGAAUUUCAGUCUUCUGUGGGUUCAGAAAGUGAGUGAGGAUAAUAAGGGGAGGAAGGCAAAGCCCAGCAUUCCCUUUUUUGAUAGUGCCCACACUUGGUGCCCCAGUUUUAGUAGCUACAAAAGAUUUCUUUAGGCUUGUGGUCCUGCAGACAAGAAAUACAAUAUAAAGUGAAUUUAAGUCUGUGUUCUCGAGGAAAGGGCCCCACUUGUGGGCCAUGUACUGUACAGGACUGUUACGGAAGCCUGAGGAUUUUGUAGCUAAUAGUGAUUUCACGCCACUAGGUGUCCCUGGAGUACAAUUCCCACAUCAGACCGAGUUGGGGAAAGUGUCUGUUAACAUUAGUAUCUUUGAAAAGCCUGAGGGCGUGUGCACAGCACGGUCUGCUCCCAGCCAGGUUCUGAGACUAGUAACUGCCCCUGCUGCUUCUGCCCUCCUGAGUUGGGAGAGUCGCUUAUAUUGGGGCAGUGAAAGGAGGUCUGGCCAAUUGGUGCUCAGGAAAACCACAGUCAGCCUUAGAAACUCACUCCAUAGUUGAUCUCAAGGCAGUGCCAGUUGGUUACAGUGCUGAAGGUUCCAGGAGGCCAAAUCAGCUUCUGAUCGUGGCACAAAAGAAUGGUCUCAUGCCAUUGGCACUGAAUGGCUGAGUUUGGGAAGUCUUAGGGCUCCCACACAUAGAAUAAUAUAGGCCCCUUCUGGGCAUGCUAAUUAGAAAAGAGAGUCUGUAUCUAGUGCCAAAAAAGGUCCUCUCUUGCUGAUUUUUGGGGAGGACUGGAAAACUAGAGCCCUGAAGGAAAGGGUCUUCGUAUCAUCUGGGGGGGCCACCCUUGCCAACAGACUUACUGUUGUGGAUGAGAGCAGGGGGUCUUGGACCCCUUGGUGUGCAGGCACUUCUGUGUUCCCACAGCAUUUUCACAUCAUCCCAUUUAACCUUUACAGCAGGUACACAGUGAAUAAUACACCCAUUCUGCCGAUGAGGAAGAAAGUUCAGAGACUAUAUCCAGCAUCAGCAGGGAGAAAAAAGAUCUGGUUGAGUCCAGUGGUAUUGACAGAAAGUUGAACUCUAGCUCCGGUUUUGUCUCCUGUUCUUUUGGCCAAAGAACUACCUUGGGUCUGAAAAGAUCCGGGCUAGCAGGUUGAAAGGAGCUGAAGGUCAAGAUAAGAUAAACAAGGGAAUGAGAGAAUGCUGGGCUGCUCUGAACUACUUCAGGUCUCCUGAGCCUGGUGAGUAACACCUAGGACACCAAGGGCUUUCCCAGCAGGGUGUUGGGCUCUUAGUGGAAAGAACUGAAGGGGAAAUGGAAGACACAACCAGAAGAUGGAGGAGGUGGAAGUCCAAGAACGGAAGGAAGCUGGUUGUGAGUUCCUGCCCGAUCUGUGACAGAUCAGGGUCUACAGACAGAUGACUCAAGCUGAUAAAUAAGAAUGUUGUAAUCACUGGGGUUUAAUAUAUGUUCAUUAUGAGUUCAGAGCAAGCGAUGCCAAACUAGAUUCGUCGUCUGAUUUUGUUAACAGGUAACAUCUGGGCACGGUAAAAUCAAAGCAUUAGGAGAAGAGAGAAGUUGGUUACUGGCCACCAACUCUCAGACUACAAACCGACUUAUUGUGGAGUGGUUUAUGCUGUGCCCCAGGGCUCUGUCCUUGGCCCCUCUUCUGAUAUUAAUGACAGAUGAGGGGCUUUUUAAUGCCAUAGCCAUUCCAGAAGAGGAUUUGAGGCCAUUUACAAAAGAAACCGUACUAGAUAGGAGAGUUGCUGAUCAGAUUUUUUUUUUAGGUGGGGGGAGGGGUUAGAAGGAGAGCGAGAAUCCCAAGCCGGUUCCUUGGGGCUACAUCUCUCAACCUUAGAAUCAUAACCUGAGCAGAAAUCAAGUCAGAUGCUUAACUGACUGAGCCACCCAGGUUCCCCUGCCGAUCAGAUUUUUAAAUAACAGGAACCCCUGGGAAGGAUGACAAUUAAGGAUUCAAACAAAUACAAACUUUAAAAAUAAGCAGAAUUUAAAGAUAAGGUUGUUUUCAAAACUCAGAUUGAUGAGUCCGAAGAGACAAGAAUUACAGAGCACUGGGCUCUUGUUAACAAUUCUGUGUGCCGGUAAGAAGUGUUCAUGAUGUCAGGAACUGUUAACGUGUCCUCACUAAACUCCAGUGCAGUCCUGGCUGGGGUAGUAGACACAGAUUGUGUAAGAUCAUCUCAGUCCUCCGUGUCUGUCAGCAAUCCUAGAGUGCUCAGUUCCAUUAUGGUGCUCAAACAGAAGGCUCCCUGACAGACGGCGAGCCCAUCUGCAAGAGGAAAACCAAGAACUGGAGGACCAAAGCUGUGUUGGGGGGAAGAAGCUUGAAGGAGCUGAGAAGACUCAAGGAAAACAGGACACUGCUUUGGAAAAUGAAAGGGUUGUCCAGUGAAAGACCUACUCUACUUCUCACGCCAGCCAAGCAGACCUAUGGCCAAAAAGUAGAUGAUAAACUCAAAGCCAGUUUCUGGCCGCUAUACGUUUAUUCCGUUCAGCAAACACCAAACUGUUUUUCCAUGCAAGGCCAGUGCUAGAUUCUGGAGAAGCUUGGCCCUUUCCCUCAAGAAGCUAGUCCAGUAGGGGGUCAAAAAUAAUGCAACAGAUGUGGGUAGUACUAUGAGAGAAGUACUGGGGUCAAUCCCCACUACCCAAAAGAGGAAUGGUUAAUGGUAACGGAGAAGAAGGCAGGCAGGGCUGCAUGGAGAAGGUGACCCUUAAACUGAGCACUUGCGAGGUGGCUAACCACUGCUAAGGUUUCAGCAGCAUUAAAUGCCAAUGACUGUUCCAAAGUGUUACUUGGGUUAUCUCGUGUAGACCAUCUCGUAACUACAAAGUGCAUACUUCUGUUUACCCCAUCUCCAGACUGGUGGAACUGAGGCACAGAGUUAUUGAGUGUUACCUGCCAAAAGUCACAGCGAAGUGUGUGAUUCUGAUCCAAGUAGGUUUUGCACUUUCUGCCAGUUUUCUAUCACCUCCCCUGUGUAGGACACUACAGAGAAAAGAAUAUCACGGAAUAGGACUGCAUUUUCACAGCUUAUACACAGGUUGAAAGUAUUGGAAUUUAUGGUUCAAAGGGCUCUUGGCCAGAAAUCAGCUGGGAGAACAAGUGGAAGCCACAUGGGGAGGGAUCCUACAGGCCUUGCCCUCUUCCGGAAACAGGUCACUCACGAACUUUAGGCAGAGACGUGACAUGAUCAGGUUUGCAUUUUGGAAAGCGUUCUGAUGUCUGUCCAAACAUGACUAGAAGGGGAGACUGAGGGCAGGAGUGCAGGUGAGAGCCCUGAGUAACAGGAGGAGAUGCAGUGGAAGAGGUCAGACAGUGACAGGUUGACAAGGGAGAGUCCAUGGGCCCUGAUGGCGGGUGGAGAAAGGUCUUCCAGAAGUGACGGCUGACAGGGGCUCAGUCUGGACCUCCACCACACUUCCUCAGGAUUCAGGUAGCAAAGCAGCCUAAAGUGAUUGUUAAUAAAGUUCUACCUUUUGU